AUGAAUCUAAUAUACCUGGAUUCUCACGCAGGAAAGCACAUCCAACUACCAACCCAGCACCUAGACAAAACCCAGCCACUCCCCAGCCACAUCCUCAGUCACACCCAACACCACCCCUCUAGCUACUCUCACCCCCCCCCCCAGCCAACCCCGUCCAGCAACACACGCAUCCAGCAACCCUCUCAGCCACCCCCUCCACCCAGCAACACCCCCUUCAGCAACACCCCUCACCCCCCCCUCCAGCCAGUAACACCCUCCAACCAGCACACCCCCCAGCCAGCAACACCCUCCACAGCAACACCCCUCAGCCAGCAACACCCCCCAGCCAGCACACCCCCCAGCCUCAACACCUCCAGCCAUCACGCCCCCUCCAGCAACACCACACCUGACCAACCCCCACAGCCAGUAACACCCUCACACCAGCAACACCCCUCAACCACCCCCCAGCCAGUAACACCCUCCAGCCAGCAACACCCCUCACCCAACCACCCCCACCAUAAACACCCUCAGCCAGUAACACCCCCUCCAGCCAGUCAACACCCUCUCAGCCAGCCCCACCCUCCAGCCAAUAACACCCCCCAGCCAUCAGCCAUCCCCUCCAACCAGCAACGCCCUCCAACCAGAAACGCCCCCUCCAGCAACACCCCUCAGCCACCCCCUCCAGCCAGUAACACCCCCCAGCCAACAACACCCUCCAACCAGAAACGCCCCCUCCAGCAACACCCCUCAGCCACCCCCCUAGCCAGCAACACCCUCCUCCACCACCUAGUCAGCCAUCCCCUCCAGCCAGCAACACCCCCUCCAGCCACCCCAAUCCCUACUUACUACCCUGCUACAUCCAACUACCCACCCAGCCACCCAGAUACACCCCGACCAGCCAACCAGCCAAACCCUGAACAGCCACCUAGUCACUCUCAACCUACCAUCCACCCCCGCCUACCCAACCACACACAACCACCUAACCACCCAGCCAUACCCAACCAGCCACCUAGCCACACCCACCCAGUCACAUCCAACCACACCCCCACCCCCAACCAACCAGCUACACCCAGCCACACUCAACCAGCCACACCCAGCCACACUCAACCAUUCAUCCAGCCACACCCACCCAGCCAAACACAACCUUCCAUCCAGCCACACCCAAUCACCCCCACCCCGCCACACCCAACCACCCAUCCACACCCACCCAGCCACACUUAUCCACCCAAUCACUCCCCCACACCCACCCACCACACCCACCCAGCCAUCCAACCACACCCAACUUCCCACCCAGCCACCCCCAACCACCCAAUGGCAGCCUCACCCAGCCACACCCACCCACACCCAUCCAGCCAAUCAGCCUCUCAUCCCUUACACCCAGCCAAACACAACCUUCCACCCAGCUACACCCAAUCACCCCCACCCAACCACACCCAGCCGCAUCAACCAACCACCCAGUCACACCCAACCAGCCGCAUCCAACCAACCACCCAGUCACACCCAACCAGCCACAUCCAACCAACCACCCAGUCACACCCAACCAGCCACAUCCAACCAACCACCCAGCCACACCCAACUAAUCACCCAGCCACACCCAACCAACCACACCUAACCAACCACACCCAACCAGCCACACCCAACCAGCCACACCCACCCAGCCACACCCAACCAGCCACCCAGCCACAUCCAACCAACCACCCAGUCACACCCAACCAGCCACAUCCACCCAGCCACACCCAACCAACCAGCCACAUCCAACCAACCACCCAGCCACACCCAACCAGCCACAUCCAACCAACCACCCAGUCACAUCCACCUAGCCACACCCAACCAACCACCCAGUCACAUUCAACCAGCCACCUAGCAACGCAGCCGCACCCAACUAACCAACCACCCAGCCACACCCAGCAACACUUAACCACCUACCCCCACCCACCGCCACCCAGCCACACUCAUACACCCAUACCAAACCACCCAACCAGUCACCAAGCUACACCCACCCAGCCACACUCAGCCACCUACCCCCAACCACUCAGCCACACCCAACCAGCCACAACCAACUACCCAACCCCAACCUUGCCACCCAGCCAUACCCAACCAACCACUCAGCCACACCCUACCAGCCACCCAGCCAACCACCUAGUCACACCCGACCACCUACCCCCACCCAGCCAUGACCAGCCACCCACCCACACCCAACCACUUACAUUCAGCUACCCAACUACCUACCCAGCCACACCCACCCAACCACUGAACCACUUACCCACACCUAACUACCCACCAAGCCACCCAGUCACGCACACCCACACCAACUACCCACCUAGCCACACCUAA